UUUAAGAGCACCACUUAUUAUAAUCUGUAAAUAUGACCUGCUUCUUGAUAUGAAUACAUAUACAGUUUUUUGAUGCUCCGCUAAUAUACAUUAAUUUUUAUAAGAUUGUUAUGUGAUGAAAUAUGAUUUGGUAAAUUAUGUUAAAAUGCAUUUUGCUCAAUUGAAAUUGUGGAAAAGACUUAUGGUAUAAGUUCCUGUAAUAUUUUUUACUAAGCGCAGGAUAGCCAUCUUUCUGCUGUUUAGAUUAUGAACUACUUAGAUAUAUAAACAUGUUUAAAUGCUACUAUUUUUGAUAAACGUAUACAAAAUUGUAAUUUACCUUUUAAAAAUUUGGGAAGCCAAAGAAGUGUAGUAAUUACAUAAUAAACAUAUUUCAUAAACAAAAACAUUUUUAUUUUAAUACGUUUUGAUUUAAGUAAACGAGACGUCGGAUUCAAAAAGGACGUAAUUCAAAAACUACCAGCACCAACAAUGAUUAUUUUAUAAUGGCAACACUACAUAGUAAUGUCAAAAGAAUAUUUGCAUUGUGGCGCCAUCUUAUAAUUUUUUCGUUUUCGCAACUAGUUUCUGUGAUUUGCUUUUGAUAAAAACAAAAUAAAAUCGGCAAAUAUACAUUGUGCAUUGUGAUUUUGUUUUUAAGUGGAACAUUUGAUUGAAUUCGAGGACUAUUUUACAGCAAAAUAGUACUGAGUGCGGUGUGGCGACACAUCGUUAGAUUACCUGCUUCGCUUCGUCAAGUUAAUUUCUUCAUUGUAUGGAUGUUUAAGAAGGAUACAACUAUGAGGAAAGGCGGUGGCGGUGUGACCGUGGCGGUGCUGGCGACAUGAGCGCGGCCGCGCUCCGAGCGGACGGCGCGGGCGACUCCACGCCCGGCUCGGACGUCGGCGAGCGUAUCACGCGGCUCUUCCCCAAGUGCCGCCCAAAGAACAUGCAGCACGCACACGACAGGUUGACCUCCAGCUUGGAGGGUCGCGAUCGCGACACCAACAAUGUGAACAACGCCUCGUCUGACGAGGAGCGAGGCAACGAGAGCCAGCUUGUCAUACUCAACUCUAAAGGAGGCACCUAUAAACUUAGGGAUUCUAGGAUCAUAGAAAUCGCAGGAGGUCGCGAGCUGUACUCCCAGAGCCGGACGAAGGCGGUGCGCAAGCUGCGACACAACAACACGCACAAACACAACCUCAGGAACAAAGUCCGCUCCCUCAGCAAGGACACCGUCGACUACGCAGCCGAUAAUCUUAGUAAUGAGAUAUCCCUACACAGAAUAAACAAUGAGCCUAAGAAAAUGAUAUCCCGACACACAUCACCGACGUAUACGAACGGGGAUCGUGACGUCAUACUAGAACAGAGUGCGAUGGGGAUCCCGAAGAAUAGUUCUCCAAUCCUGGACCCCCAUAAGACGACUGACGUCAGCACUAAAAGCAGCCCCAUUGCUGUCGUGGCUGACGGGGAGGUCGUCGUCUUUGAUGACAGUGAUGACUGGAAAGUGAUAUUGAAUUCUGUGUCUCUAGGUUUGAGGACGGAACCAGAAGCUAGUGACGAUGAGAUUGAUAUAAGUGUAAAGAGAACUUUAGACAAUAUUAAAAACGGUGAUAGUGAUGUGUUGAACAAUAAAAGUGAGAUUAGUGAUGGGAGUGAAUCGAGUCCGUCGCGGGAUGAGGUCCGGUUGAGUGACGCGAGUCCGUCUGCCGCGUGGCUGUCUGGUGAUGAAGACAAGUCGAGGGUGACCAGGGUCAUUGGUGAACUGCCCAUCGCUGAGUACGAGGGCUCGCCGAGAAGGUACGGCGUUGGCUCGCAGAAGCCCACCCGGUCGCCGAGGCCUGGGUUUCCUCAGAGGGUAGUGCCAGAGAACACGGACAUCAGUCCACCAUCAGGGUCGGCGGCCUUCGACUACCUGUACGAGUUCUCAGAGACCAGGAAGGUUUUAGAAGAAUUCUUCAGAUGUCCCACGAACGCUGGACAGCCGCAGAUCAAUAAUCUCAUCGCUAAUGAUGAGAUUGUCAACUUUCAAGAACUAGACUAUGAACUAAGACGUCAACCGCAAGAAUGUCCGUCAGAGAACGGGCUGGAGGGCGGCAGCGAGUCCGAGUGGCCUCACGUCUCCGACGCACUCGACUCGCCGCAGACCACACACAGUCACACCAAUUUCUUAGGACUACAGGUCCGAACAACCCAACAGCCGGGUACAUACACGACCCCGAACGUGCGCGAGCUGUCUGUGGGCGCGGCGUGGAGCGGGUCGGGCUCCCCGUCGGGCGCGCGCCCCGACGUACCCUUCGCACUCUCCACUGACUCCAGCGACAGUGCCAGUGACCGCUCACUGUCACUCAUGCUUAUGGAGAACGAGCUGUCCGAGAUGAAAGUGGUGAUGGACACAAAUCGUGUGGUGGUGACACAUCUGCCGGUCGUGGAGGACGGGCUCUCGUCGGGACACGCGUCCGAUAACGACAAUAAUAACCAGAUGAUACAGACACAUUCGGUAGUGAUAAAGGAGAUAGUGGAGAAUGGGACGAGCACGGACCCGCACGUGUUGUCUGAUGCAGAUCUACACUCAUUAGACCCGUUAGUAUGCAGUACGUCAGCGCCGCCGCCGCCGCCGGCCCCGGCGCCGCACCGGCCGGCGUCGCCCAGCUCCGUGCACGCGGCGCACGCCCCCCACGCCCCCCACGCCCCGCUCGCCGCGCUGCCGGCGUUGCCCCACGCCCCGCUCACGCCGCAUACGCCGCACGUGACACAUACGCCGCAUACGCCUCACACGCCCCACGCCCAACAUACGCCGCAUCAUCACCAUACGCAUCAUGAGGACGUGUACCCGCCACGCAAAAGGCCGUCGUCGGCGCAAAGCACGGAAUCAGUAGAAAUUAAACCUGCCAGUGGCGACGAAGAUGAAGCCGACACUGACCUUGAGACUGACAGAUUACUUGGACAGCAGAGGACGGACGAUCAAGGAUUCUUCGAUGAUAAGGGCUGGCGCAAACCGAAAUCUCGUACAGUGAUGCCGGGCGGCAGCGUGGUGGCGGCACGCUCGCCGCAUGCACACGACGCUACCGACAACCGGGAUGAAGAGGCGCUACACAAUGGAAAGGACAAGGACGGGAAGAAAAAGAGUAAAAAUAAAGAAGAUGUAAACCGUUCAGUGCUCAUAGAAGGAGUACUGUUUCGCGCCCGGUACCUUGGAUCCACACAACUGGCUUGCGAGGGCCAGCCCACCAAAGCCACCAGAAUGCUGCAAGCUGAAGAAGCUGUCUCCAGAAUCAAGUGGGGCUGCGACGGGCCGUACUCCGGCGUGUACGCCGCUCCGGCCGCGGUCUUCCGACUCUCCUUCCUGGGCUCGGUCGAGGUCGACGAGGACUCGCGCCGGCGCAAGAAACGACCCAAAAAGAACAUGGUAGAGGAAGCCGUCACUAAGAUUAAGGCACCUGAGGGCGAAAACCAACCGAGUACAGAAGUGGACCUCUUUAUAUCUACGGAGAAGAUAAUGGUCUUAAACACGGAACUAAAGGAAAUUAUGAUGGACCAUGCGUUGAGGACUAUUUCUUACAUCGCGGAUAUAGGGGAUCUGGUCGUGCUCAUGGCUCGGAGAAGGUUUGUUCCACAUGAGAAUGACUCCGACCAGCCCAAAUUGAACCGCACGCCGAAAAUGAUCUGCCAUGUUUUUGAGAGUGAAGAGGCACAAUUCAUUGCGCAAUCUAUAGGACAGGCGUUCCAGGUUGCCUAUAUGGAGUUCCUGAAGGCGAAUGGAAUAGAAGACCACAGUUUCGUCAAAGAAAUGGACUACCAAGAAGUGUUGAAUAGUCAGGAGAUAUUCGGAGACGAGCUACAAAUGUUUGCUAAGAAGGAAUUGCAGAAAGAGGUGGUAGUUCCGAAAACAAAGGGUGAGAUAUUAGGCGUGGUGGUGGUGGAGUCGGGGUGGGGCUCCAUGCUGCCCACCGUAGUCAUUGCCAACCUGGCGCCCGCGGGGGCCGCCGCACGCUGCGGGCAACUUAAUAUAGGCGAUCAAAUAAUAGCAAUAAACGGAGUAAGCUUAGUGGGGCUCCCACUAUCGACUUGUCAGACGUAUAUAAAGAACUCCAAGAACCAGACCGUGGUGAAGCUGACUGUGGUCCCUUGCGCGCCAGUAGUCGAGGUGAAGAUCAAGAGACCAGACACUAAAUAUCAACUUGGAUUCAGCGUGCAAAAUGGAGUCAUCUGCAGCCUGCUCCGCGGCGGUAUAGCGGAGCGCGGCGGCGUGCGCGUGGGACAUCGCAUCAUCGAGAUCAACUCGCAGAGCGUCGUCGCCGUCCCACACGAACGGAUCGUCAACCUACUCGCCACCUCCGUCGGAGAGAUACUGAUGAAGACGAUGCCGACGUCGAUGUUCAGGCUGCUGACCGGCCAGGAGAACCCGGUGUUCAUAUAACGCGCGCCGCCGCCGCGUCUCAAGUGCCUGCUUACUACGAUAUUACAUUACGCCCACUCAGCACCGCCACACGGCCCUAGCCUCGCAACCUAACCCGCAACUUAAUACUGCCGAUUUAUAUAAUAAAAAAUAUAAUCGCCGCUAAACUCUCAACUGCUCUGAAGUUUGCGCAAGUCAUGCGCAGUUGCGCUAACUGAAACUCAAGUUGCGCAACCAUGUUUCGACGCUAACUUCAGAGCAGUGGAUAAGAUAGGUUUGUAAAUAUUAUAUAUUUUGUGUAUAAUAUACAUUAAACAACUAUGCAGAAGUUUUUAAUAAUUGCUCAUGUUUAUUUAAUUUUGCGAUAACUAGGUACGUCAACUUAUAUAGCUAUCUGCCAUUAAUUUAGCGGCAAAUGUACAAUAAUAACUAAUACGACAUUGGCCAAUUAUUAAAAACAUUUCUGCAUAUUAUAAUAUAGAUUUAUAACAAAAACCCCGUAGAUAUCCCGUGUUAAAUAAAUAUAGAUGACCAUAUAACGAGUUAAAUAAUAAUCGUUCUGGAAAUAAUGUAUCUGUUAAGUAAGCUUUUAACACCAUUUUAAUAUUGUUCUACGAGAUGUGAACUUCGACAAUCUUGCAAUUUUAAUAUAGUACGAAUAGUAUUAAUAUUAUCUCGAAUUGUUGUGUGUAAACAAAAGUACAUAUUUUAAAUGUUUUUGUGAAGAUAGUCGAAGUACAUAAAUCAGUGCUAUAAACAAUGAAAAUACACGAACAAGCUCUUUUUAAGUCAGUUAUGAGUGAGCUUGAGGUCGGUAAUUCUUUGCGAGACCAUUCGUUUAGCUACAUUAAAAAUACAGAAAAAAUGUAAACGUUAAAUCAUUAAUUUCUUAAUAAAAAGUACAUAAAACAAGUACCUGUGACUAUGUACAAGGAAAAGUAUAAUUUUACAUAGCGAGGAUAGGGCCAAACUCAAGCUUAGCUGAUAAAAUACUCAAUAAAACAUAUGUGAUGAGUUUCAAUGCUUAUAACGCUUUCGUGGCUAAUAAGAUAGAAUAUAAGUUGUAUUAUCUCUCUAUUGAAGCACCAUGUAUUUAUAAUUACCAUUAUGAAAAACAUGCUCUGUAAAUCUCAUCCACAGGGGCUUAGUACGAGUCUAUUUUACGUUUAGCUUAAUCGACACGUUUAUGACGUUCAGCGCUCUGAUUGGCCUGUUUCAAUGAACCAACCAAUCAGAGAGCUAAACGCGGUAACGUUUCAAUCUCGUUAUACGUAAGACAAACUCCUACUAGGCCUUAUAUAAGUACAUUAUGAAAUACUUUUGUCUCGUAAUUAUAAAUACAUGUUGUUUUUCUUUGAUCGUCAUGACAAUGUGUAUACAUACACCACUUAAUGUAUUUAUGAUGAAUAUCAGAAACCCAUUCAUAUCUGCUUAGAUAUUUGUAUUAAAUUAACAAAAUUUAUUCAAACUACAUUCACGGUUGUUUUGCUACUGUUGUAAAAUGAACAAUUUAGUUUCGAAUUAAGAUUGUCAUGAUAUGUUUGCCAUAUUUUUUCUUUGUUAUGUACCUAGAUCGAAUCUGAUUAGGGAUUGUGUUUGUUUAAGUGGAACGGUAAAUAAGAUUUUGAUUUUUGUGGUUUAACGCCCGAAUACUGAAUUGCUACUCAUUUUUAAAUUGUACUUAAAUAUCGUGCUAUCUCUGUCAUUUUAUAAAGAAUUUAUAGUGACAGAACUAGUCUUGAGAGCAUCUUAAAAUUGAGUAGCGUUUGAGUAUUCGGAUAUAAUUCUUUUUUACGUAAUAUUUGGAUGUGUAUCUCGAAAUUUUCUGUUUUUAACUUAUUAUCGUUUGUUGUGUGAAGCUAUAGGUUAUAGGUGAGUUUGGGAGGGAACAUACAUGUAGUUGUAUUAUUUAUUUCUGUGUCACCGUUCAUGCCUGUUAGCAAUCGAACCAUUCCAUUAUCAUAAUGUUAGCUCUGUGUAUAUUCUGACAAAUCGACGUUAAGUUUCAUUAUUUAAACAAAAUAUUUCUUACGGAUAAAAGUGCACCAUAGUUCAAAUUGAGUCAUUCAGUUCAGAUAUAAACAUGUAUAGCUUAGAUAAGUAGGUCCAAUGAUCUAGCUGUGCUGUGCCACUUAUUUUAGACAAACUUGCAUCUAUCAUAGUGAACGCAUCCUAAAAUCUGCGCCACAGCACAUUCACAGACCUACAGUGAUCAAAUUGAAUAAAAAAAGAAUUGAUUAGUGGAUAUAGUAAUAAAAAAGCAUUAUUUCGUGUAGCAUCUCAAAAGAUAUAUCAUAUUUUGUAAAUUUUAUAGUGUCGCUAUAGCUAUGUAAUCUAUAUAUGUAUGUCCCUGUGUUCUUAGCUAAGCUUAGCGCUCUGAGAACGAGUAAACAACAUUUAUUUAUGUAUAAAAAUAUAUAUAAUUUAACAGUUCUAAUUAUAAACACUUUAGAUUUAAACACUUGAAUAAACCGCUUCUGAUUACGUACAUUUAUCCCCCGAACUAAUAUCUCCUCAAUAUCUCUUCUUUUUCGUGUUUGGUUCAUUUGCUCUUUCGGCCAGUGUCAUAAAACUACGGGUGUGUCUAUAAAGGUCGGAGAACAUCGACAUCAGUCACCCAAUGUCAGCACCUUAUAGAUGUCCGAGGUGAUGUUAAACACCCUUUUUCUAUUUAAUAAAUCGUCGCUCAAAAUAUCCCCAGAAAUUUUAAAUUUUCUUUAUCCCUACGACCCCCGACACUGGCCACGCCCUUGUGAACUAAACGUAAAUGUAAUAAGUAUACAGUCUGAUGUAAUUUUGUAUUGCUAGCUGUUGUGAAUAAGAUUUAUUUACAUUGAGAAACACAGAUAAUAAAUAGCCUUUUAUUGUGAAAGCUGGUAUAUGGUAGGUACACUGUAACAUGUGAAAUAACUAUUGUUGUUCUCAUUUCUAAGAGUAUUAUUCUAGUCUGCAUUAAAGUUAAGAAUAAACUGAACAAACUGA